CAUAUACUAGAAGGGAAGGAAGUCAUUAGUGUAGAGGAGUACAUUUUGUUGCUGUUGCAGGAUUUCCUUCCAGCAUUUCCCAACCAAAAUUCCAUGGUUUUUAGGGAAUUUUGUUUUUGUUUCUGUUUUCAGCUAAAUAAGAGCUCUUAGAACUGUCCACACAGCACCGUUCCUGCGCGCAUUGCAAGGAUCCCAGGCAAAGCAAAGCAGCAGAUUUUUUAUCUCUUAUGGGACCGUACCUUGGAAUUUACUUUUUUUGGAGGAAAGAUGCAGGAAGGCGGCUGUAAAUCUUUGCGCACAACUGCAAAGCUGCUCGGAGGACAGUGAGUUUGAGAGAGGGGAUCAGACUUGUUUGUGGACAUGAGCAGAUCAGAUGUGUGCAGGGCAGCCUGAGCCAACAGGACACUUCUGGCUUUUGGAUUGCAGAUGUGAGCGUUUAUGACAAAAGAAAACUGCUGUAAUCUGGGCUAAAAAGGCAGCUUUUUCUGACAGUGUGCCCUGCGUUUCUCUAGCACCAUGAAACCCUGGAUGUUAUAUCACAUCAGCGUACUGCCUUCACUUCUUCUAUGAUCUUCUUACUAUUCAUCUUAUUUCAGGCUUUCUUUAAAAAAAAAAAAAUAUUUUCUGGAUUUGGCAAGGAGGAAACUGGAAUCACCUUCUAGGGUUUUUUUUUUUUUCCUGUUUUUUGGGUUUUUUUUUGUUUUUGCUGUUGAUUUCCAAAAAAGUAAAUAUGUUCCAUGUUUAAAGGGGAAAGAAGCAUGACUAUCACCAACUGUAUAAUCCUUAUUCCUGCACCUAUCUCUCAUAUAUCUUGAUGCUCAACAUUUUUGCCUACAAAUAUGAUGAAAUGGCAGCCCCGGAAGAAGGCAUACUUCAGACAGGGUGUUGCCCUCCAGUAUCUCGGUCGCCAUGCGGAUGCACUGGCUGCAUUUGCUUCCGGCUUAGCUCAGGAUCCCAAGAGUUUACAGCUUUUGCUUGGCAUGGUGGAGGCAGCAAUGAAAUCGCCCAUGAGAGAAUCUCUGGAACCAACUUAUCAGCAACUACAAAAAAUGAAACUGGACAAGAGCCCCUUCGUUGUUGUGUCGGUGAUUGGACAAGAACUACUGACUGCUGGUCAUCAUGGGGCCUCAGUGGUUGUGUUAGAAGCUGCACUGAAAAUUGGAACUUGCAGCCUAAAACUGAGGGGCUCUGUGUUUUCUGCGCUAAGCAGUGCUUACUGGUCUCUCGGCAACACAGAGAAAAGUACAGGAUAUAUGCAACAGGACUUGGAUGUGGCAAAGACUCUAGGUGACCAGACGGGAGAAUGCCGAGCCUAUGGAAACCUGGGAUCUGCAUUCUUUUCCAAAGGAAACUUUCGGGAGGCACUUACUAACCACAGGCAUCAACUUGUUCUUGCCAUGAAACUGAAGGAAAGAGAGGCAGCAUCAUCUGCCUUGAGCAGCUUGGGGCAUGUCUACACUGCGAUCGGAGACUACCCAAACGCACUGGCGAGCCACAAGCAGUGUGUUCUCCUAGCUAAACAAUCCAAAGAUGAACUUUCUGAAGCAAGAGAACUGGGCAACAUGGGAGCAGUCUAUAUUGCUAUGGGGGACUUUGAAAAUGCAGUCCAUUGUCAUGAACAACAUUUAAAAAUUGCUAAAGACCUUGGAAACAAACGUGAGGAAGCCCGGGCUUACAGUAACCUUGGCAGUGCCUUUCACUACAGGAGGAACUUUGACAAAGCUAUGUCCUACCACAACCAUGUAUUGGAACUUGCACAGGAAUUGCCAGACAAGGCUAUUGAGAUGCGAGCCUAUGCAGGUUUGGGGCAUGCUGCGAGAUGUAUGCAGGAUUUAGAGAGGGCUAAACAAUACCAUGAACAGCAGUUAUCCAUUGCAGAAAGUCUCAAGGACCGGGCAGCUGAAGGAAGAGCUUCUUCCAACUUGGGAAUAAUACACCAGAUGAAAGGAGAAUUUGAUACUGCACUGAAACUACAUAAAACUCACCUUUCCAUUGCUCAAGAACUAAAUGAUUAUGCAGCCCAGGGCCGGGCAUAUGGCAACAUGGGAAAUGCCUACAAUGCACUUGGAAUGUACGACCAAGCAGUUAAAUAUCAUCGACAAGAGCUGCAGAUCUCUAUGGAGGUCAAUGACCGAGCUUCACAAGCAUCUACGCAUGGGAAUUUAGCUGUAGCAUAUCAGGCUUUAGGUGCUCAUGAUAGAGCAUUACAGCAUUACCAAAACCAUCUAAACAUUGCUCGGGAACUGCGAGAUAUCCAAAGUGAAGCUCGAGCACUGAGCAACCUUGGAAAUUUUCAUUGCUCUCGUGGAGAAUAUAUGCAGGCUGUACCUUUCUAUGAACAGUACCUAAGGAUAUCCCCUGAGUUACAAGAUAUGGAGGGUGAGGGGAAGGUGUGCCAUAAUCUUGGCUAUGCACAUUAUUGCCUUGGGAACUAUCAGGAUGCUGUGAAAUACUAUGAGCAGGAUCUUGCACUAGCAAAGGAUCUUCAUGACAAACUAAGCCAAGCCAAGGCAUAUUGCAACUUGGGUCUAGCUUUUAAAGCAUUAAUGAACUAUAAUAAAGCAGAGGAUUGCCAGAAAUACCUUUUGUCUUUGGCACAGUCCUUGAAUAAUUCUCAAGCAAAAUUCCGUGCACUUGGAAACCUUGGUGAUAUUUUUGUUGCUAAGAAAGACAUAAAUGGUGCAAUAAAAUUUUAUGAACAGCAGUUGAGUUUAGCCCAUCAAGUAAAAGACAGGCGGCUAGAGGCAAGCGCUUAUGCUGCUUUAGGCAGUGCUUACAGAAUGAUACAAAAAUAUGACAAAGCACUGGGGUAUCACACGCAAGAGCUAGAGGUUUUUCAGGAAUUAAAUGAUUUACCAGGUGAAUGCAAAGCUCAUGGUCACCUUGCAGCAGUGUACAUGUCUCUAGAAAAAUAUACAAUGGCCUUUAAGUGUUAUGAAGAACAGCUUGAACUUGGGCAAAAGCUAAAAGAUCCUAGCAUAGAGGCUCAGGUCUACGGAAACAUGGGCAUCACCAAAAUGAACAUGAACGUAAUGGAGGAAGCCAUCGGCUAUUUUGAACAACAGCUAGCAAUGUUACAACAGUUGAACGGAAAUGAUUCCAUGUUGGACAGAGGUCGAGCUUAUGGGAAUUUGGGGGAUUGCUAUGAUGCUCUGGGCGAUUAUGAAGAAGCAAUAAAAUAUUAUGAACAGUACUUAUCUGUAGCCCAGAGCUUAAAUCGUUUACAAGAUCAGUCCAAGGCUUACAGAGGUCUAGGGAAUGGACACAGGUCUUUGGGGAAUUUGCAACAGUCCCUCGUAUGCUUUGAAAAGAGGCUUGUGGUUGCUCAUGAACUGGGGGAAACGUCAAACAAAGCCCAGGCAUAUGGAGAGCUGGGAAACUUGCACAGUCAGCUAGGAAAUUAUGAGCAAGCAAUAUCCUGUCUAGAACGUCAAUUAAAUAUUGCCAGAGAAAUGAAGGACCAGAUACUUGAAAGUGAUGCAGCUUGCGGUCUGGGUGGAGUGCAUCAGCAGAUGGGGGAAUUUGAAACAGCAUUAGAGUUCCAUCAACUGGACUUGCAGAUAGCAGAAGAAACAAAUAAUCCAUCGUGUCAAGCACGAGCGUAUGGAAAUCUUGGACUAACCUAUGAAUCCCUGGGUAACUUUGAGCGAGCUGUUGUUUUCCAAGAGCAGCACCUUAGCAUUGCCGCAGAAAUGAAUGACUUAGCUGCAAAGACUAUAGCCUACAGUAGUUUAGGAAGGACCCACCAUGCCUUACAGAACUACUCCCAGGCCGUUAUGUACUUACAGGAAGGCUUGAGGUUAGCAGAACAGCUGGCCCGUAGAGAAGAUGAAGCCAAAAUAAGACAUCGUCUCGGACUUUCGCUUUGGGCUAGUGGAAACCUGGAAGAAGCUCAACAUCAACUUUACAGAGCUUCAGCGUUAUUUGAAACAAUAAGACAUGAAGCCCAGCUCAGCACUGAUUAUAAGCUCUCCCUGUUCGAUCUGCAAACAUCAUCAUACCAGGCGCUGCAACGUGUGCUAAUCAGUCUCGGCCAUCAUGAUGAAGCUUUAGCCGUAGCGGAAAGAGGAAGAACAAGGGCAUUUGCAGAUCUUCUAGUAGAAAGGCAGACUGGCCAGCAAGAUUCUGAUCCUUACUCGCCUGUGACAAUUGAUCAGAUUUUGGAAACAAUUAAUAGUCAGAGGGGUCUGGUGCUGUACUUUUCAUUAGCUGCUGGUUAUCUGUACAGCUGGCUUCUUGCACCUGGUUCUGGAAUCUUGAAGUUCCAUGAACAUUAUUUAGGAGAGAUCUCAGUGGAGAACACCAGUGAGUUCAAUGAAUCAGGAAGCAUGAGUUUUCAAGGCUCCAGUAACUCUGUUUUAGAGCAGUACAUUGCUAAUGUCCGAGAAACUUUAGGAGUGGACUCAUACUACACCAGGACUUGUGCUAGCAGCGAGACUGAAAGUGAGGCUGGAGAUUACAUGGACCAACAAUAUGAUGACCUUAACAAUAAAAUCAACUCUGUUACAGACCCAACCGGAUUCUUAAGAAUGGUCAGCAGAAACAACACAUUUAACAGGAGUUGCCAGAGUAUGACAAGUCUUUUCAGUAACAACAUGUCGCCGGUGAAGGACAACACAUCGUCUCUUCCUCGAAAGCAAAGCUCUUUCAGCAAACCACCUCUGCGGGCUCUGUAUGACUUGCUCUUAGCUCCAAUGGAAGGGAGUCUCAUGCACUCCAGUGGGCCGGUGGGCAGGCAUCGGCAGCUUGUGUUGGUAUUAGAAGGAGAGCUUUAUCUCAUUCCCUUUGCUUUGCUCAAAGGGAGCUCAUCAAAUGAGUACCUUUAUGAACGCUUCAACCUCAUUUCUGUACCUUCCAUUCGGUCUCUCAGUAUCAAUUCCAAGUCUCACUUCCGGAAGAAUGCUCCAAUUUACUCAAAUUCUACCUCAAUGGCAGCUGUUGUGGGCAACCCCAAACUUCCUCCACCAGUAAUGGAUAGAUGGCUAUGGGGACCAAUGCCUUCCGCUGAAGAAGAAGCUUAUAUGGUGGCUGAGCUACUUGGAUGCCAGCCUCUUGUUGGCAAUUUAGCAACGAAGGAAAAAGUCAUGAGUGCCCUUUCUCAAGCGGAAUGUGUCCACUUUGCCACUCACAUUUCAUGGAAGCUGGCAGCUAUUAUUUUAACUCCUAAUAGUGAAGGUGGUUCGGGAACAACCAAAACAUUUGGCAACACCUAUACAAUUCCUGAGUCUCUCCAAAUGCCGGAUGAUGCCAGCGAUGUAGAAAGCAUAUCAGACUGCCCCCCUCUGCAGGAAUUUUUGCUGACUGCGGCAGAUGUUUUGGAUCUCCGGCUCCCAGUUAAAUUAGUUGUUCUUGGAUCCUAUCAGGAAUCCAGCAACAAGGUUACAGCAGAUGGUGUUAUUGGCCUGACGCGAGCCUUUCUGGCUGCAGGAGCUCAGUGUGUCCUUGUAUCUCUCUGGCCUGUUCCUGUGGCGGCUUCAAAAAUGUUUGUUCAUGCAUUUUACUCAUCUCUCCUAAAUGGAAUGAAAGCAAGUGCAUCGCUCUCUGAAGCAAUGAAAACAGUUCAGAGUAGUAAGCAAUACUCACAUCCAUCAAACUGGGCAGGAUUCAUGCUCAUUGGAAGUGAUGUGAAGCUCAACAGCCCAUCCUCACUGAUUGGACAAGCCUUGUCAGAAAUCCUUCAAAACCCAGAUAGAGCGAGGGAUGCCCUCCGAGUCCUGCUACAUCUGGUUGAGAAGUCCUUGCAGCGAAUUCAGAAUGGACAGCGGAAUUCUAUGUAUACAUCUCAACAGAGCGUGGAGAAUAAAGUUGGUGGAGUUCAGGGCUGGCAGUCACUGUUGACAGCUGUAGGGUUUCGCCUAGAUCCACCAUCCAGCGGGCUUCCUGCAGCAGUUUUUUUUCCUACUUCUGAUCCUGGUGACCGUCUACAGCAAUGCAGUACCACCAUACAGUCACUUCUAGGUUUGCCUCAUUCGGCUCUUCAGGCCCUUUGCAAGCUCAUAACUGCUUCAGAAACUGGAGAACAGCUUAUUAAUCGGGCUGUUAAAAAUAUGGUUGGAAUGCUGCAUCAAGUCCUUGUUCAACUUCAGGCUGGAGACAAAGAACAUGAUUUCUCAUCAGCACCCAUCCAGGUGUCCAUCAGUGUUCAGCUGUGGAGACUUCCAGGGUGCCAUGAAUUUCUUGCAGCUUUGGGCUUUGACCUGUGUGAAGUUGGCCAAGAGGAAGUCAUUCUGAAAACAGGCAAACAAGCUAACAAGAGGACAAUGCAGUUUGCUUUACAGUCACUCCUUGCACUCUUUGAUUCUACAGAGCUUCCCAAGCGCCUUAGUCUUGACAGUUCUUCAUCACUUGAAUCACUGGCUUCUGCUCAGUCUGUUUCCAAUCCAAUGCCUCAAGGAUAUCCAGGUCAUCCAUUCUCACCUCCAUGCCCAGAUGGCAUGGCUUCAGAUGCUAUCUCUGUCUACAGUCUGAGCUCAAUUGCCUCCUCAAUGAGUUUUGUUUCUAAACCCGAGUGUUUAAUAGAGGGAGACCAAAAAAUGCGACAUGAUCACGAUAGGCCAAAACAUAUUUAUUCUCUUAGAACCUCAGCAUCAAGAAGCCAGUCUUCUCCUCAAUCCAACAUUUCACUUGGCAAGGAAGAGCAGGAAGAAUAUGAUGGAUUUUCUAUAAUAAGCAACGAACCACUCCUCACAUAUACAGAAAACACAGAUUCUGGCAUCAAACAGGAUUGUAUGCAGGAAAGCAUUCAUGUGUCUGUUAAUCCUAAAGGUAGCAUAAGUACACCAAACUCCCCUGUCAAGCUGGCUUUAAUCCCAAGUCCAAAUUCUCCUUUUCAGAAAGUCGGAAAGCUUGUAAGUUCUGAUACUGGAGAAUCUGACCAGUCUAGCACCGAAACUGAUAGUACAGUUAAAUCUCAAGAAGAGAACCAAAAGCUUAAUCCUGAAGAGCUAGCUCAAAAAAUAUUAGAGGAAACCCAAAGUCAUCUGAUAGCCGUUGAACGUCUUCAAAGAAGCGGCAGUCAGGUGAUUAAGAGGACCAGUUCGUCUGAUGGUGCUUCUACGCCAAAUGGUGGCUCUAGCUUUAGAUCGUCAGAAACAAGUGCUUUUAGCAGACCUGUUCAGAAAGGAAUGCCUUCCCCUGUUACUGUAAAACCAAAGCCUCCAACAAGGAGUUCUUCUCUUCAGAAAAUAAGCUCAGGCUAUAAUAGCCCAGCAAAUUCAGAAACAUCAUUAAAGGAAGGGAUAGGCAUUCAUAGUGGUCAACCUUCACCAAGCUCAGAUUCUCCACACUUCAGAUUAAAGUAUCCCAGUUCUCCAUACAGCUCACACAUUUCCCGGUCCCCUCGGAACAUAUCUCCAAGCUCAGGGCAUCAGUCUCCAGCAGGAAGUACCUCCUCCCCAGCAUUGUCAUACUCCUCUGCUGGAUCUGCUCGAUCGAGUCCUGCAGAUGCUCCGGAUAUUGACAAAUUAAAACUUGCUGCCAUUGAUGAGAAGGUGAAAGCUAUUCACAAUUUGAAGAUGUUUUGGACAAGUACGCCACAACAGACAUCAGGUCCCAUAAAAAUAUUACGUGGAGCUCCAGGAACAAUGACUUCAAAGAAGGAUGUUCUUAGUUUGUUGAACCUUUCUCCUAGACAUAGUAAGAAAGAAGAAGCUGCGGAUAACCUCGAACUGAAAGAAUUAUCUGUUCAGCAGAAAAACAUUGAUGCUGCGCCACAAAUUCCUCCAAAUGGACAUAAACAGACUGAAAAUAUUAAUGUAGCAAAUGUGACUCAAUCUUCACCAUCCAUUAAUCUACCUGGAACCCUGCGCAGCAUAAAACUGACUUCUGGAAACGGAUAUAAGUUCCUUUCACCUGGAAGAUUUUUUCCUUCUUCCAAAUGUUAAAUUGUCUUUUAUACGACUUUUACUGUGGUAUUGCCAUUUGUAUUUUAUGUCCAAUUGCCUUCAUUUAGUAAAAGACUAAAAUAUUACAUGUGAAGCAGUGGUUAUAAUGAAAUAAAUAUAUAAUAUAAAAGCUCUCUAAAACCUAAAACUAAUAUUUGUAAUUACAUUUUACAGAAUUAUAUUUCAAAAUACAAAGUGUGUAUUAUUAUGUAUCAUUACCAGUAGGGGAAUUAAAACACACAAAGCCAUUUUGAUAUGCAGGCAGAAGAGGUAUCUGUUGUGUAAACUCAGCAUUAAAUAAAAUGUUCAUAACAAGGGCCAUAGGGAUAACACUGUACUAAAGCUUGUAUGUUUCAUGUCCUAUGAGGUGGUCUCUGGAAACCAGGGAAGAGUUUUCUUAGAGAUCCACAGGCAAGUGAUGGGUGGGGCAGCAUGGGUAUUUCCUAAUUUGGGUCAUGUUUGUAUAAUUAUGUCUAUCCAGGAACAUCAUGUAAAUAUCUGCAAUCUGCUGAAAACAAAGCUACAUGUAAAUGGUUAUAUUCUAUUUUAUCCUAGUUCCCUGAUGAUUCUAUAGGCCUAGCUCUUAAUUCGUUGUAGUUGUAGCUCUUAUUUAAGUCAUAUUGUUCACAAAUGAUUAAGCUGCAGCUGCUUUCAUUGACGGAAAUACUGGCAAGUAAAUCUGUAGCUGUGCCCAACUUGCUGCCAAUGGCGCUUAUUCAACUAGACAUCCAUAUAUAUUGCUGAACAUAGUGCAGCCAGUAAAACAUAAUUAUUCAUACAUCCAGAUUUACAUGGACGGAACAAAUGCUUUAUAUCAUUAUCAGUGAUCAGAUUUUGUUAUAUAUUUUAAUAUGAAUUUUUUUAGCACUAAAAGUCACAACUCUUUCAAAAUUUACUAUGCAACUAAAAAUCCGAAUCCAACAAAUUGCCAGCUAAAACUUGUGGAGAUCAUGUAGAAAUCAAUGGCAGAUGUCUUUUCCCUUCCCUGGAGGAUUCCCUUCUUUGCUUGCUGGUUUCAGGGCCACAAGUCGAAAAAAUUCCGAGUUUUGCGACUUUUCUGUGACGUUUUCCUGCACAUACUUUUUCAGUUCAGACUUUUUAGUAAAUGUCAGACAUUCGUGGAAAUGAGUUUAUUCGAAUUUUUAAAGAGAAAAGGAAAGUUAGAGUAAAAAAUCAUAAAACCAAACCAAAUGUAGCAACACGUAUUGUAUGACAAGCAAUCUUUUAAAUGAUGUGAGACCCUUAAUGACUUGGCUGCCUGUAUAGUCGGCUAACCACAUGAUCACUGAUACUCUGAUCUUUGUAGAGCGCUGAAGCCCAACAGCCUGGUAGUAGCACUCUGCUUACGGAUCUGCUGAGACACUGCUCUGUAUGACCCUGUUAGUUUUUUAUAGCCUGGCUUAAAAUAAACACUAUAUAUGUCUUCAAGGUAAUGCUACCAUUAACCCCUCCCCCCCCAAAAAAAUGCACCUUUAAUUACAAGUACAGUUGCAGUGUGGGGUACUGUAAAUACACACAGCAUAGUAUUACUAUUAGAGCACUUUAACACCUGUAUGCUAAAAGUAUUGGAGUCCCUUUAUGAAUACAAGCAAAUGUUUUAAGAAGAAAAUCAGCGCUUAACUGCUAUUCAUACUGGUAUUUGUGUCUAUGCGCUUUGCAGCUUGUGGGAACCGUCAUAUCUCGACUAAGAUUUAAAAUAGGCCCUGGCAUUUCAAGCACGCAAAGGCCCAGGCAGCCCCACUAUAAAGCUCUGGUCUAUGGCAAUUUAUAGCAGCUCCUCUGGUAUUUGCCAGUGUUUCCAUAUUUCCCCUAUGGGCCUGACAAUUUUCACAGUUCAUCUUAAUUUAUUAUUAUCUGUUAUUUAUAUAGUCCCGGCACAUUUA